AUGUCAGAUGGAUUUAUCCCUAUAGUUUCUAUAUUCUAUGCCGUGUUCCAUCCAACGGAAGGCACGAAAAUAGUUCAUCAAUUUCCCGAGGAUCUCAUAUCAACCACAUCAACCAUUGACAAUGAUAGUGACACAAGUGCUGGAUUAUUCAAUUUCGAUACCGUGAAGAACUAUGUUAUCCCCAAACCACAAUUAUGUAAUCAACUAUUAUCCUUCAAGAUUAACAACUUCAAAGUCAUUGGAUACCCAGUAAACAUGGUAAAUGAUCACUAUGCGAGGAAUUCAUUUAAUUUUAAUUUUUGUUUUGUAUUCAACUAUGAAUUGGGGGAUGUUAGUCCGUAUGAGCCAGCAAUUAGACGUAUGGGACAAAUGUUUCAAGUAUUGGAAGAGCAGAAUUUUUUGUUGAGCAAGUUGGAUAAAGAUAAUCCAUUUUACAAGGUGACUCACGAUGAUGUGGAUACAGCUCUGAAGAUUGAUGAAUUUGAUUUGGAAUUAUAUGCAAACAGAGCUCAACGAUCGAUAGUGGAGAAUGAUGCUAGUGUAAAUGCACCCGGGCACUCCAAAACUAAGAGAAUCACCUUGUCCUCUAUUGAAUCAUUAAUCCAACAGAUUUACCAAGAUUUGAACAAUUACUCUGAAUGUUGCAUUCCAUUGGAUACUUCAAAUUCAGUUGAUAUUAAAUUGUUUCCAUUGUUACCACCACCAAUUAAUCUUAAAGCUUAUCAAGUGCCCAUAGCAACAGUUAAACUCAGAUCACUUGUCGAUGUCAAUUGGGACCCAACAAUGGUGAAGAUUCUCCCCUAUAUUGACGGAAUAAAUCCGGUCAAGAGGAUAAGUGAACUAGCCGAUGCAAACUACCUUGUGACCAAGCAAUGUAUUCAACACCUAAUGCAUUAUAAGUGUAUUGAAUUGAUUGAUAUUUUCCAAUUCUGCAACAUCUACUCGCCCACCAACAGAAUUGGUGAUUUCUUAAAGUCAGAUGGAAGGAUGGCUGAACAAUGUCAAGCGUAUGUGGUGACUAAUGGAGCAGCAGAGUCGCUACGAUCAUCCUCGUUUACCACAACCCCAGCCCAAAACUCACCCAAGCCAAUGGCAGAAAGUACUUCACCACUGACUUUUAAUUUUAGGCGUAUGCCAUCGAGCAGUACAUCGCCAUAUCUAAAGCAACAAAAUUUCUUGUCUCGAUCGCCCAAAUCAUUCACCAUGCAAUAUGCCAAUGUCAAGGUCCCUACAAAGACUAGUUUAUUUUACUUGUAUCGAUCGUUGAAUCAGGGUCAAACAGUUAAAGAAUGGUAUGCACAACACAGGCAUCUAUUAUCAAACAUCGAUAUACGUCGGUUUAUAAAUUUUGGUGUAUUGCGAGGGAUCAUAUAUCGGGUAUAUUCCUAUCCGGUGCUCAAUUUGGUAACUAGAUCUAUCGAGAGUGGCGACUUGCUCCAACCUGAGCAUAUUUUAAACAAUGUGAAACGAAAGUCAAAACAGCAACAGCAUAAAUUAAAGUUUGCGCAACUGAGUGGCGGAAGAGGAUAUGAUGAGCUAUUACGGACAAGAGUUCAUGAACAAACGUUGAAAACAGAUUCAAACCGUCGUGUCAGCUUUUCGUCAGCAGACGAUAGACAGCCACAUUACCAUGAAGAACCUCGCAAGUUGAGUGUGAUGGAUGAAGUGGUUGAAGAGGAUGAUAGUUCAACUAGCGAUGAAUCUGAUGGUGAGCAGCAACAGAAACAGAGAAAUGUACCGCAGAAUAGGUCCCUUAGAUCACAUAGAACGGCUAGCUCUUCUGGAUCAAAUAAACCAACAGUUGAAAAUGAAGAAGAUGCGAAUGGCGAAGUACGUUCAACUGAUACGAAUGACGAAAAAGAACAAGAAAUGAUUUAUUUGAUAAAGAUGUUGAAAGGGUUUCAACAUUUUGAUUCUAUAUGUACAGAACUACAGAAAUCGCGUACCGAGGUUGAAAGAAUGGUUGAGAAGUUGGGAUCUUUUAGUGUUAUAAACUGCUGA